UUUGCCGUCGUGUCGGUACAAUACAAAAUGUUGAAAAAAGAUUCAAGGGUGAAACGUUAAACGUAUGCUUUGUGACUGAAGAAAGUUAAAAAGGCUGUUUUUGCUUGAUAAUCAAAUUGUGUUUGUAAUCUGAAUGUCUUGAAAGAAUAAUCGAUUCAUUAAGAUUUUUUGGUGGGAUAAUAUUGGGUAACACGUAAAUAUUUUAGUUUGUUAUCGCUCGUAAAUUGAUGUGAAAUAUACCUGGUACAAUUUCUCAAUUGUGUCUCAGUGGACGAAUAAGUUUGGUUUGUCUCGUAUAGAAAACCUGGAGAACGUAGAUCAGUUUACCAAGUUAUCUAAAAUGGACCGUAAGGCAGAAUUGGAACGUAAAAAAGCCAAAUUGCAGGCUCUCCGCGAGGAAAAAGAUCGCCGUCGAAAAGAAAAAGAGAUGAAAGAUCUCGAGGAAGCAGCUGGAAAAUUGGGUCAUUCAGAGAAUAAUACAAGACGGGAUUUGGAUGAAAUGCUUUCUUCUCUAGGCGUGGCUCCUGUUUCAGAGGUACUUUCGUCGUUGUCUUCUGUCAACUCAGUAGCCUCUGAUCACUCAACAAAUCAUACGCCGGAUGCUAGUCUACAGCCUAACCUCAAUGGACAGAAUUGCCGAAAAAAAACAGUUAAUCUGAGUUUAGUAUCAGUACAAGCAACCAACAUUCCCCCUAAAGAGACGGUUGUGUAUUCAAAGCAGACACAAACCACUAGUACGGGAGGUCAUGACCGCGAUGGGAAUGACCUAAUACAUAUGAAUUGUUUCGGCAUCCGUGGGGCCGCAGGAAGGGCAACAGACGCUUCUGGAGGCACUCGGUGCGCACAUGCUACGGAUUACUACGAUGAAUACAAUCUAAACCCUGGUUUAGAGUGGGAGGAUGAGUUUACAGUGCUUACUUUUGGCGAUGGUCAAGGUGAUGAUGAAGAAAACUCGCUUACGCAUAUUGAUCAUGGAUUUCAUUCAAAACUUCCACCGGGUAUACUUCCACACGGGUUACCUACUGUCAAGGAGGUGGCCCCUGCUAUCACACCCCAAGAGCAGAAAAAGGAAGAAAUUAAAGAAGUUAAGGAACUUUCUGCUGAACAAAAGCAGAUGAUAAUUCUUUCAGAAGAUUUUCAGCGAUUCAUUUUGAAGGCCGGAAAAGUGAUGGAGCGUGCCCUAUCUGAAAUGGUGGACAUCUACACGGAUUACAUUGGAGGAGGAGACACAGAUGACAUUAACGACGAACGGUCACUUGCCCGUCUCUCACUAAAUCGAACCUUUUAUUGCGACCGGUGGUCAAAGAACCGAUGUGUCACAUCGUUUGAUUGGUCAACUCAUCACCCAGAGCUUAUGGUUGCAUCCUAUCACAAUAACGAAGAAUCACCCAACGAACCAGAUGGUGUAGUAGUAGUGUGGAAUACAAAGUUCAAAAAACACACACCAGAGGAUAUUUUCCAUUGUCAAAGCGCCGUCAUGUCAACAUGUUUUGCUAAAUUUCACCCUAAUUUGAUAUUAGGUGGCACCUAUUCUGGACAGAUUGUGCUCUGGGAUAAUCGAGUACAAAAACGAACACCUAUUCAGCGUACCCCUUUAAGCACAAAUGCUCACACGCAACCCGUUUACUGUCUUUCCAUGGUUGGCACACAAAAUGCGCAUAACGUCAUCUCAAUCAGCUCUGAUGGCAAAUUGUGCUCUUGGAGCUUGGAUAUGUUGUCGCAACCGCAGGACGUUCUUGAGCUGCAGCAGCGUCAGUCAAAAGCUAUUUCUGUAACUUGCAUGGCAUUUCCUCAUAAUGAAGUUAAUAAUUUUGUUCUGGGAAGUGAGGAUGGUUACGUUUAUUCUGCUUCCCGUCAUGGAAAUCGGUCUGGAAUAGGUGAAACGUACGAGAAACAUUUGGGUCCUGUAACGGGAAUUUCAGCUCAUCACAAUCAAUCCUCACCAGACUUUGGGCACCUAUUUUUAACUUCAUCCAUUGACUGGACUAUUAAGUUGUGGAGCUUGAAAGAGAAUAAACCUAUUUAUUCAUUCGAAGAUAACUCUGAUUAUGUGACAGAUGUAGCCUGGUCACCGAUUCAUCCGGCACUUUUCGCUGGGAUAGAUGGAAGUGGUCGUUUAGAUUUAUGGAAUCUAAAUCAAGAUACGGAAGUGCCAACAGCAUCUGUUGUAGUUGAAGGUCAACCAGCACUUAAUCGUGUAUCGUGGACACCUUCAGGAUUACACGUAACAGUAGGUGAUGAAUCUGGGCAUAUUUACGUUUAUGAUGUUGCUGAUAAUUUAGCUACUCCACGGAUGGAUGAGUGGAAUAAACUCAAUUCGGUACUUAAUGAGCUCAAAAUGAAUCAAAACGAUGAAUUUGACGAUAUGGAUAAAAAGUCGCCAGUGCCUCAGACACCAUCACUGACGUCGCUUACUUCUUCACCGCUUAUAUGAAGUUCAAUCAGGCCCUAUUAAAAAAUUAAUAGGGACCGGCAAACCUGAAUCAAUAUGAAGAAGAAGUUCGAGAAAAGUUACAAGACAAAAACAACUGAAUUUGAAAUAUUUAUUCCAAUAAACUAAUCAGAAUAAACAUGGCUCAUCAUCUAUUGUUAUUGUUUUCCCAGUGCAUUGCUCGUCAUUAGCAAAGCCGUAUCGUUUUGCAUAAAUAUUAAACGAAUAAAUAAACUGCAUGGAAAGCUUUCUAAGUCACCUUUUGUUCUAACAAGAGAAGUCAGGAAACAACAAAGAGAAAAUAGUGUUUUUCAGUGUAGUAUGUUUUCUAUUAAACUAGCUUUCGCUAUUCUCUGUUUCUCCAGCAUAAAAUACCUAAAAUAGGCUUUCUUCCUUAAAACUAAUACAAUUUUGUUCGAAUGUUGAAAUAAACAAACAGAAUACUCGUGUCACA